AUGGCCGCUCUUGCUUCCAAAGUACAAUCGCAAAAGCUCUUCGAGAAGUUGAAGACAAAGCCAGCAAACAGGGUACGCAAGACAAUCCUUCUCUAACAGUGUUCAACCAUGAUGCACAUGCUGAUUUAUAUCGCGGAAUAGAUCUGUUUUGAUUGUGGGGCGAAGAAUCCAACAUGGACUUCUGUGCCUUUUGGAAUUUACCUCUGCCUUGAUUGUUCCUCGAAUCAUCGUAACUUGGGUGUUCACAUCUCCUUUGUGCGAUCGACGAACCUUGAUCGUAUGUGUAGCGGACAACCUGGACGCAGAUUAGAGAGGCUAAUGUGGUGAUUAGAAUGGCAAUGGGAUCAAUUGCGAGUCAUGAAAGUGGGUGGUAAUGAAUCUGCUACAAAAUACUUCCAAUCGAACGGAGGAACUGCAGCACUCAACAGCAAGGACCCUAAGACUAAAUACCAGUCAAACGCGGCCACCAAAUACAAGGAAGAAUUGAAAAGACGUGCUGCCAAAGAUGCUGCAGAGUAUGCUAUCUUCCGGAGGUUCUACAUAUCAAUGCUGACAAAUGUAUAGAUACCCAAAUGAAGUUGUCAUUACUGAUGCUGCGAGUGAUGCUGCUGACGGAACCUCCACACCUGCCGGCGAACCUGAAGACGACUUCUUUUCUUCUUGGGAUAAGCCAUCAAUCAAACGACCAACUCCUCCAGUAUCUCGAACCGCCACACCACCUGUUGUCGGGCGCACACCCUCCCCUUUUCUCAAUGCCGGCGCCAAUGCUGCUGGUAAUGGAAUCGCGAGGGCAACAUCACCACUCGGAAAAACAGAAGGUUCAGCUGCAGCGCCUACAGCUAGCCGUAUUACAUCGUCCGCAGCAUUGCGCAAAGGGACCACAACGGGGGCAGGACCACGAAAAGCCAAUGUUCUCGGCGCCAAGAAAACCAAGUUGGGUGCGAAGAAGGUCACAGGCGAUGCGAUCGAUUUUGAUGCUGCCGAACGAAAAGCAAAGGAGGAAGCCGAGAGAAUUGAGAAAUUAGGUUAUGACCCUGAAGCUGAAGAGGCUGCGACAAAGAAGUCAUCUGCUAUUAAGACAUCAGACAUUGCCGCGCCAACACCUGUCAGCCCGGGAAGGGCAGGAUAUGGCCACAGCAGAGAGCGGUCAAAUGGUGAGGUCGAAAGGCUCGGAAUGGGUAUGGGUCGACUUGGGUUUGGUCAGAUUGGAGGCGCAAAACCUGCAGCUGCUACACAAAAGAAGAUGGGUGGUUUUGGCUCAGUGGGACCUAUCAAGGCUACAAAAGAAGGUAUGGCAUCACAUCUAUGGGCUAUCACAUUUUUGGUUUCAGGGCUAACAUUUAUGCAGAUGACGAGGAGAAAUAUGCCCGCCAAAAGUUCGGCAGCCAAAAGGGCAUUUCGUCCGACGAAUUUUUCGGCAAGGGAUCAUUCGACCCGAACGCACAAUCAGAAGCCAAGACUCGUCUACAAGGUUUCGAAGGGGCUACAGCUAUUUCAUCCAACGCUUACUUCGGAAGACCCGAAGAAGAAGAGGCGGGAGAAGAUUACGGAGAUCUUGAAACUGCCGCAAAGGACUUCGUGAGGAAAUUUGGUGUCACAGCCGGUGAUGAUUUGGAUAAUUUGACACAAGUCCUCGGAGAGGGUGCAAGCAAACUUCAAGGUGCCAUCAGAAGUUAUUUGAACGGCUAAAUCAUGGUGGCUGAUGCAAGAUGGGGGAGUCGGGCGUUGGUAUGAGCUUUAUGUGACAUGCGGCAUUAUUGAUGGCAAAUCUAAGAACGAGACGAACAGGCUCUUAAGAUCGCAGACCGGGUAAAAACUAAUCCUCAUAGAAUUCAAUGAGGGUAAUUCAUUUAUUGUCUUAUGUAUAUAUUUGUCUGUUGCAAUUUAGAUGGCAUGUUGUAUUUUUCGUGGCUAAUUUGGCUAAUAUUGACCUCUGAAUGCACACCGAAAGUUCGG